AUAUUUGAAUAAGGACACUUUUGCAAGCACUUCCUACUGCAAAGAGGAAAUAAUCGAUUAUGUUUUUAUUUUAAUUUUUAUCUUAUUUAUGUGAGACUAGCUGAUUGGAUUUAACUGUAAAUUCAAAUACCGUAUUGACUGAAUUCGGAUGUUAUUUUGAAGUGAUAUAGAUCGAGUUCUGAAGAGAUUGUAAACUUAUAAAUACAAAAUGGAGAAGAUGUCAGAAGCAACGAAAGAAUUUAAUGAAGACGAUUCCUCCUCUUCAGGAGAAUGUUCUACACUAUCAGAAAACAGUGAUGAAAAUAAAGAACGUGGAAACUGGACAAGAAAGAUGGACUUUUGGUUAUCAUUGGUUGGUUACGCCGUUGGUUUGGGUAAUAUAUGGAGAUUCCCUUACCUGUGUUAUAAAAGUGGUGGAGGAGCAUUUCUUAUACCAUACACAAUAUUUCUGUUUUUGUGUGGCGUGCCAUUGUUUUUCUUGGAAGUAUCUUUUGGACAGUUUGCUAGUCUCAGUCCUAUUACAAUAUGGAGAAUCUGUCCGCUGUUCAAAGGAACUGGAAUAGGAAUGGCCAUUGUUUCUGGGAUGUGUUGUCUGUACUACAAUGUAUUGAUCGCCUGGACAAUAUACUUCCUGUUUAUGUCUAUGAGGACAGUCCUACCCUGGAGUACUUGUGGAAAUGAUUGGAAUACAGAACAUUGUUUCGUAAAAGAUAAAUCAAUUGACACAGCAUUUAAAUAUAACCAAACAGUUACAAACUUUACAACUUCAAAAUAUGGCUUACUCCAACAAUCUGGUGUUCUGAUGAACAGCACUAGUAUUUUGAAACAUAAUUACACAUCACCAAGCGAAGAAUUUUGGGAAAAACAUGUACUACAAAUCACAGAUGGCAUAGAGAACAUGGGAGAACUGAGAUGGCAGCUGUUUUUGUGUCUUUUGUUUUCUUGGAUACUUGUGUUUCUUUGUCUCUGUAAGGGUGUGAAAUCGUCAGGAAAGGUUGUGUAUAUAACGGCUACAUUUCCUUAUUUAGUAUUACUUGUUUUAUUGGUUCGAGGAGUCACUUUGCCUGGAGCCGUUAAUGGAUUGAAGUGGUAUCUUAUACCGAAGUGGGAAAAAUUAGCAACAUUUCAAGUGUGGGGAGACGCUGCUGUACAGAUAUUUUAUUCUGUGGGAAUGGCUUGGGGCGGGCUUAUAACAUUAGCUAGUUAUAACAAGUUCAAUAACAACUGUUACAGACAAGCUAUGAUUGUUCCAUUAAUGAACUGUGGAACCAGUGUUUUUGCUGGACUUGUGAUAUUUUCAAUCAUAGGAUUCAUGGCCCAUGAAACUGGUGUUGAAAUAGAUGAUGCUAUUAAACAAGGUCCAGGUUUAGUGUUUGUUGCCUACCCAGCAGCUCUUGCAAAGCUUCCAAUAUCUCCACUGUGGGCAGUCCUAUUCUUCCUGAUGCUGCUGUCUGUAGGAUUGGAUACACAAUUUGGAAUGUUUGAGACAAUGAUAAGUGCAUUCAUAGAUGAAUAUCCAAAAUAUUUACGAAACAGGAAAAUGCUGCUCACUGCAUUUGUAUGUUUUGUAGAGUUUUUAUUGGGAAUUCCAUGUAUUAUGGAGGGAGGGAUAUACGUGCUGCAGAUCAUCGACUGGUAUUGUGCUGUCUUCUCUUUGAUGUUGCUGUCAUUUACUGAAUGUGUUAUUAUAGCUUGGGUAUAUGGUGCUGACAGAUUUUUAAGUGACAUCGAACUAAUGAUUGGAUACAAACCGUCAAUAUGGUGGAAGAUAUGUUGGCAAUUUAUAACACCCAUCGUCAUUAUAGGUGUUUGGCUGUUCAGUAUAAUCCAGCUGAAACCUGUGUCUUAUGGUGAUUAUCAGUAUCCUGGUUGGGCGAUUGCUGCUGGCUGGAUGUUAGGGUUGGCAUCGAUCUUACCAUUACCAGCUUAUAUGAUAUAUGCAAUUCUUACGACUGAUGGAAAUAUGUUACAACGAAUAGGGAUGUUACUUAAACCUAGUCCACUGUGGGGUCCAGCGGUAGAGAGAUAUCGAAUCAAAUAUGAAGCCAGCAGAUCAUCUUUUGGUACAUCAGGAGAGAUAUAUUUUCCACCUACAAUCAAUUAUGGAGACGACAAUUGUCACCCUGAUAGUGAACUUUGUGCUCUGUCGAUAUCCAAAACAAACCAUAUAUCAUAAAUUAAUACACUAUAGGAUGAUAUUGUAGCACCAAAAAUCUGAUUGUUUUUCUAUUGUUACAUUUUGUGAGAGGGGGCACUGGAGAUGCCUGAAUUAUAUCAUCAUUAUUUUUUCAUAAUCUUUUUAUUUCCUUAGUAUUUAGUACAUUGUUUGAUGCAGUCGAAAUCUGAACGAAUAUUAGAAUGCACUUUUUUCACCAUUGUGAUCCAUUUUUACACAUGUAAAAAGUGUAUGCAUAAUAUCUAGAAACGAUUUACAUGAUCGUUAUUCGCGAAAAAAUUCACAGACAAGACAGACCAAGACAGACCGAGACUCGUCUAAAUUGACGAAAGCCUAUGUACAAAAGAAUUAUUACAACAUAAGCGUUGUCGUAAACAUCAAGAUAAUGCAGAAGUAAUGUUCUGAACAUAAACCGACAUCCUACGAUUAUUGAUAAAUUAAUAUAUUACAUCCUGUGAAUCAUCCAGCAUUCAAAGCGAGAACAUGAAUUACACUCAUUUCAUAGUUAGAACGACAAAUCUUACAAGAAGUCUGCCAAACUCUCUGCUUACUCGACCGCUGGAUUGACUAUUGUAACUUUAUUUAUUACAUGGAAUUUUAUAUAGUAACAGUCACCUACUUUAACUAUUCCAUACACUUUUAUGUAGUUACCUACCACAACUUUAUCGUGGGUGGUAUACUAGUUUCAUUAUAACUUAAUUUUCCUUUACAGAAUAAGUCAUCAGACUCACACUUAAUUAAAUGCAUUGAUAUAAAGACACAAUAAUCAAAAUAAUUUAGCUUUCAAAAAAGACAAUUCAAUUUAAGAUUUGGAGUAUUUUUCAAUAUUUUUGAAGUACAAGAAAAUAAAAAAAAUAACAAACAUAAUUUUAGUAUUGUAUUUACCUAUACCAACAUCCGCGAAACAUUGUUGAUAUAGUUGUAAAACCUGGCAUUUUCUAUGGUUCUAGUAAAGUUUGAAUUAUUUUGUUUUCCAUUUAAAGCCUAAUAGUUUCAGUUAUUGUGUUGUUUUUUUUUUAGGUUUUGAUGGUGUGUGAGUCUGCGGUAAUUUUUCCUAAAAUGAAAUCAAGGGCAAGUUAGAUAAAAAUGCAAACAAUAUAUUUUUGUGCUAUGUGAAGUGUUCUUUUUAAUUUUUUAUGAAUAAGUUUAUCAAGGAUUAUCAAAUAGUUUGUUCUCGAGCAUCUCUGAAUGACAUUUAUUUUCGAUAUUACGCAUCUGGUAAAUUUGGUACCGUUAAAGUUAUUACUAAAUAAAAUGGUAAUGGAAAAUACUAAGCAGAAAUAAUAUACCAAAGCAGAUAUUUAUGUGGUACAUGAAGCGUUACUAAAUACGUUUUAAGAAAUAUAUUAAGUAUAAAUAGUUAAUUGUUAGUACAGUGGUCAUGUGUGUAGUAAACUUGGUAGACUACUAAUUAGACAUGUCGCCUUAACUUUGAAAGGAGUAAUAAUUCAAAUCUGGUAUAGAAAUAUAAACAUGAUUCUGGGAUGAGUGAACAUUUAGGUAUCUUCUUUGUCUUUUUUUGAUAGAUUAGUAAGAUCGACCUGAUUGUAAUUUCUAACUAAUAUCAUGAUGAUACUUUAUAGGAUGUAAAUAGUCCUUACUUUGGAUUUUUUUUUAUUGUAAAUGACAUAUUUAAUGUGCAUCUAAUUAACGUGUCCAUUGUUCAACCCAUCAGUAUUCAUUCAAGGGACAUUUUAUUUAACAUUAAUCACCAGUAGACCAACAAGAUUGUCAUCAUGACCACAAUGAAGUGUUACACGUGCAUCUUGUUUACGUGUGCAUUGUUCAACUCAUUAAUACUCAUUCUAGUCACAUUUUAUUUGGUAAAAAAUUAAUCACCAGUAGACCUCCAGUUGUCAUUUAUGUUAAAACUUAUAAUUUAUAGAUUUAAUAUUUCCAAAUUUGUUUCAAAAUAAGAUUUUCGUCUGAAUAGUCGUUUUUGGUAUGUAAGCAGACUGUCGUUUAACCCGGUGGAUAUCAUUGUUCGUUUUGUUAGUCUCAACGUUACAUAGCUUUUACGACAAACACGUGUGACUGAAGAAAGAUGUAAAUAUCUAGUAAAAACUGUAUGCAUAAUAUGAUAUUUCAAAAACAGCCAAAAAAUAAAUCCGAAUGUCUUUUAACAAGUCGAUAAAUUUCAGCGUUAAAAGUUUUAGAAAAAUACAUCCUCUGUUUUAUUUGAAUAAAAAAUAUAAUUGAUAAUGAUAUCACAUGCACUAUGCUUUCAUUGAAGGGACCAAUAUUGUAUAUUCAUGUGUGCCAAUUGCCUCCAUAGUUCAUGAUUUUACACAUUAGAAUAUUGUAAAGUGCUCAUGACCAAUGAAGUAAUAGGAUUUUAUGUUUCUCUAUUUUCAAGUAUGAAUUAAAACAUUUUGUUAAUAAGGGAUCAUCACAUUGUUUACUGACAGUUCAACACAAGGAAUUUCUAUAUAGAAGUUAGAACUGGCCUGAUGAACAUUUAUCAGCAUGAAAUAAUUUCUUAUUGAAAGCUCUGGAAUGUCGAAUUAAAAUUCUGAUAAAUGAAACAGUAUAUAUAACCUAAACAUUUAGGUAGCAAUGCAUGUGCUUUCCAAUACUUCGGUAUAAAAGGUUGGUCAAUAAAUAGUUCAAAUAUUCCGAUACAAUUUAAGCAGAAAUUGAAAUUUAUUAUCGAAUUUUAAUUUUGUUAAUUUAAAUUUUAAUACUUGAGUUUCAGUUAAUAGCCUAAUACAAAUCAGUAGUAUUUGAUAUAAAAGGGGACGUAUUGAAUGUGAAAUUGAAUGAAGUUUGAAAUUCAUUUAUUUUAACUGUAUAUAAACAAAAAAUUGCUUAUCUAAACAUUACAUUGUUAACAUUCAAACUCACAACUAUAAAACCUAAUCGUACAAUUUUCAACAAUUAAUCGUGCUGUUGUGCCAAUUAAUGUCUAAAAGAUGAUUUAAGAAAAUUUCCUCAAAUUUAUGAAAUUCCUUACAUCUCAAAGACAAGUGUAAUUUGAAAUGCUAAAGAAUAAAAUCAAUUCGCACUGAGCAUGAAAUACAUUUUUGAUUUAAGACAAAUAAGGAUUUAAUUUGAGCCAUGAGCACUUUACAAUAUUCUUCGUUUGUAAGUGAGGAUAAUCCUUUUCUUACUGACUUGUUAACUCUCGUACCUGAGCAUGGAGAAAAGGAUUAUCGUUUUAGUCAAAUUAUAUUGUGUAGUUGUAUUUAUAUCAUUCUUUUUCAAUGUAAUAUUUACCAAAAUUAUUGUAUUCAGUUGAAUAACAGAUGAAUUUCGAUAGAACAUUUGUCAAUCAAAAUAUUGGACAAACAUAAACUCGGCCAGUUUCGUGUGAGAAAAGUAGCCAAGUUUGUAUCGAUUUUUAUUAUGACAAUGAAUUUCACUGCCAUUUAAAAACGUUGUGAAAACGUACUGGUAAUCUUUUCCUAUAUGUUGUUCGGUGCUUGACUUUUGAACCGGAAUUACAAUUUAAGAUCAAUUAAGCUGAUGGGCUUUCCUUUCUUUUUAUGUAGUUGAAAAGCAUUUUAAACAAUGAUAACAUGCAAUUAGUUAUUUCAUGCAGUGAAUACAUUGUUGUUGCAGUACGCAUUAUUGUGAAGAAACAUUGACGUUGGUAAGGAAUGGAAUAUAGAAAAUAGUAUUGGUAGUUGUGUUGUUUCCAUUUUUAAGAAGUUAGCUUGCUCACUCGAAUGUGGUUCUGUAUGUAUGUAUAUGCUUUAACAUUACUUCCUGUGGAAGACAAUUGCCGGUAGUUUAUACAUGAAUUUUCAUGUUUUUCCAGAUUUUGGUUGAAAGUAUAUGUACUUUUUAGACGUUAAAGAAAACUUCUAUUAAACAAAAUUUGUUUGACUAUUUGGUGUUAUUACACCAAAUCAGUCACCAUUUCUUUAAGUAAAAGAUGUAAGCAGUUUUAAAAAGGAAAUUCAGAAAAUAAUUCUGGGUGAAAUUUCAUUUUUCAAUGUCUUUAUUUUCUCCUCGCUAUUGUUUAGUAUCAAUAAAAUAUUAUUGUAUAA